ACGGUGGAAUGAAGUCUUUAACCACCAGCGCCUCGGGCCACGCCAACUCUUUUAGGUGGGCGGAGUCAAACAGCUGGAUCUUCUGGGGUGUCUUCGGGUCUCGUGGCAGCAUUUUUGUGAGCGCGAGCUGUACGCCACGCACUUCAAAGCGAAACGGUCAACUUCUGCUCUGGAGAAACACACGAAGCAAAGAGAUUUUUUAAAGUAACGCGGCAUCUUUUGGCAGUUUUUUUUGAAGAGCACAAGGAGGACACGUCGACGGUCUCAGUUUCCACAAAACCUCCUGCAAAACUCGCUGGUCCUCGGAGGCUGAAGCUAAAAAAAGGACACAUCUGUCCCAUCUGCCAACCUCCAUCUUUGGGAAAAUGAAUCAGUCUGUGAUCAUGCAGAGCCCAGUCACCUGGAGGUAAAUGUUUGUCUGCUACUUGAGAGGAUAUUCCUGGGCUGGUCGAAGAGGACGGAGAGGAAAGGGAUUUUUCAAGGUGGUCCAAAAUGUCUCUGUGGAUGAUACUGCCUGUCAGUCUCCCAGUACUGAGCAUCACUGGGAUAUGGGUUGUGUAUGCUAUGGCCCUCUACAACCAGCAUGUCUGUCCUGUGGAUAACUGGUUGUACAACCAGUCCUGUGAAGAGGACCUGCAUUUGCAGAGCGGUCCGUCGUUUUGCUGCACGUUAGAUAAUGUACCUCUCAUCAGUAAAUGUGGGACUCUUCCACCAGAGAGCUGCUUUUUCAGCCUAAUCUGCAGCACCGGAUCCUUCAUGGUGGUGGUGAUUGUGCUGCUUCGCUAUGCCCAUGUUAUUGAGAAGCAUCAAAACUGUGUUCUCAACACGGCGAGUCUGUCCACAGGCUGGAUCUGUGCCGCUGGACUCAUGAUGGUGGGAAAUUUCCAGGUGGAUAAUGCCAAAGUUCUCCACUAUGUCGGAGCAGGCAUCUCAUUCCCCUCCAGCAUGCUGUUUGUGUGCCUGCAGUCGGCGCUGACCUACCGACUGGCCAAGACCCAGGGGGAGUACUACGUGGCCCACCUGCGUCUCUGCAUGACCCUACUGGCCUUCGUGGGUUUGGUGCUCAGCGGCGUGUUUUUCUGCCAGGAGAGUUUCGUCCUGCAGCACGCCUCAGCCAUCUUUGAGUGGGUGUUCUGCAUCAUCAUUAUGCUGUUUUAUGGGACGUUCGCCUUUGAGUUCGCCGGCAUGUCGGGAGACACCAUGGCGGUGCUGGCGCGGGGAGGCUCCCUGGGACCUGCUGGGAGAGAACUUAAGCUGGAAACGCUGGUCGGAAUGGGAGGACAGCCUCAUCCUCACCAGCCUGAAACCAUGUCCAUACUGUAGCCACUUCCUGAAGCUUUGCUGUCUCUUCUUUUUUUUUUUUUUGGGUUCCUGUCAAACUCCGACGGUCAGAUUAGUUGAAUUCUGCAUCUUGAGACACUUUCAUUUCACGCUGUAGAAGAAAAGGCCAGUGCAGCUGCUGUUACAUGGCAGAGCGGGUAAAUACCUGCUCCUUACUUUCUACUCUGUCUGCAUCAGGAUUUGUGUCUCCAAUGAACUUAUUUGCAUUUUGCACAUUGAUCAGGUGUGACAGCCAGCUUUCCCCUCACUCAGACCAGUUGCUAUGGACCAGAAGAAGCAGAGUUAUUUGUCAAUCAGAUAGGGAGAACGUACUGGUCAAGCCCAGCUGUAAACCGUUUCACUUUGCCGCGUUGGACCAUUUCAUCCCCACCGUGAUGCUUUCAUCGGAUACAGAGAAGGAGAGGCUGCUGGACAGCCCAGCUGACAGUAUUACAGUGGUGAGACUGAGAGACAAUAUGUGGAUGGUACCGAUAAAGUACGAAAGUGUUUCACUCAACCCUGGAGAAAGAACAAACCAGCACUCUUAGUAUCCUUUAUCAUGGUAUUCUAAAAGAUUUUACCUUAUUUAACCAAUAUUUCUUCUCCAUACCCAAAUGCCUUUUUGUACUCAAGCCAAAGAUAAGUGGAUUGCAAAGCUUAAAAACCCAGAAUAUAUUUUCUUUCUGAGUUUUUUUUUCUUUGACCAAGUUUCUAUAGACUUUGAAUAUUUUCUUUUUGGGAUGCCAUGUUGGUGCUCCAUCCUCUUAUGCAGCUGCUCGUCUGUGUUUCUAAAACUAUUUUUUUAAAGUCUGCUUGGUACUCAUGCCCAGAAUACAUUGACUUCUGUAUAGAAACCAUGCAUCUAGUGCCUUACAUUGUUAAAUUCAAGAACCGAUUUUAAGCCAAUCAAUUUUUUUUAAACUUUUUUUUAAAAAGAAAAAAAAAACGUGCUCUAGAUUGAUAUUCAACCCAAAAUAAUUCAAUUUUUUACCAUUUACUGAAGAAUAGAAAAUAGAGUAUUUAGUUACCAGAUGCAUACAAGCUAAUUCAAGCCAGAGCGUUUGGUUUAUUGUGUUUAGUGAUGAGAUGCAACACGUGUUUUCAGGUUCUAACAAAUGGCUGCCUCCUAUUAUUCCCCGUUAAGGACGAGAAGAAUGUGUUUUUUAGUUUACCUGCUGGUUUUGUCUUUGUAGUUCAGAACAUUACAACUAAUUCGGUUCAUCUUUCUGGGAUUGCUGAGCCGAAGAGAAAAAGGGCGAAUUUUU